AUGAAAGUCAAACGGGUGAAGCAUGCGAGGAGAUAUUUAACUUUGUUCAAAAAUUCCUUCGGGAUAUUUGAACCUUAUCAAAUUUUAGUUGACGGCACUUUCUGUCAGGCAGCACUGCAGACCAAGAUCAAUAUCAAGGAACAGCUUCCCAAAUACUUGGAUGGAUCUGUUCAGUUAUUGACGACAAAAUGUGUAAUAGAAGAAGGAAAGGCACUUGGUCCUCAGCUGGCAGGCGCUGUGCUGAUUUUAAAGAGAUUUCAGCUGCGGAAAUGUGGCCACCAUAAGGAAGCUGUGCCAGCUGCAGAAUGUAUUAUGAAUAUGAUAGGAACUGAAAAUAGAAAUGGCUACUUUGUGGCCUCACAAGACAGAACUCUCAGAAGUCACUUGCAGAAAAUUCCAGGAGUACCACUUUUAUUUAUUAACCACAACACAAUACUCCUGGAGAAACCUUCAAGGGCGUCUCAUCAAGCCUCUGACCAGGUUCAAAUUUCCCGUCUGCAGCCCUCUGCUCACGAGAAAGAAACGUUAGUUCGACUGAAGGACUCCGCUACGGAUGCUCAACCGAAACGUAAACGGAAGAGGCCCGGGGGACCAAACCCUCUGUCCAUGUUGAAAAGCAAGAAGAGGAAGACUGGUGAUGAAACUAAGAAAAAGCGAAUCCGUAAAAGAAAAAGAAGAAAACUGGCCGAGCACGUGCAACAAGCGCUGCAGGAACAGAUGACAGGAUGUUCUUCAUAAUCCAAGGAAAAUUUGAACCACAACAAGAUGAUGCUUUCCAGUUCGUCAUCCUUCUCCUUCUAAUGCAAUCUAUGGUCGGCAGAGCACGAAAUUUUUAAGUGUGUUGCUUCUUGGAUGGGUGCCAUGUCGUCAUGUACUCUGGACUGUAAACAUUUAUAGUGAUGAAAUCAGGCAUUUGACCUUGCUUGUUUUGAUAAUAGCACAAAAAAUCUGCUGAUGUAGUUCGCAACUGUUGUUGAUAACAUCGGGACUCAGUGGAAAAAAAUUCAGUCUGACACUAGAAUUGUCGCGGUUUUCCUCCUCAGUUGCAUCGACUAGUAGAAAACGAUCGAGAAGACGAGGGAAAAGGGUAGUUGACGGAAAUCCGCAUUCCCCUGUCAAGGUCAUAUCAAAGACUUGACGACGUCAAUAUUGAUAACACUACAAGGGCAACGCGAGGGCAACGACAACGUUUUAAUUCGUAUUCAUCUUUAUCUGGAAGUUUUGCGUUGGUAAACAAUUAAAGGACCGUAAAAUCCCAUCCUACAAGUGAUCACGCUGGGAAAGUUACGUAAUAAAAUCGUUAUAUUGUAGCGUUCUCCCUAAGUUUUCAUUCGUGUGCUUUGUUUUCGAUUCCGAUCAGUUUGCACUUGUAAAGCAAGGUCACCAGUAAACACGAUUUAAGAAUUGUAAAUCUUAUUUCGGGCUGUGAAAUCAGUCAUCUUAUUAUCGUGAACCCGGUUAAUUUUGACCUUGAAGCUUGCGUGGAAAUAUAGUAUGAUUGUAAAACUAAUGGCUUUUGUCAUCCAAAUUUCAUAUCCGUGAAAAAUUUAAAAAUCCGCGGAAAUUUGAAGGGAACCUCGUGAACGUGUAAUUUCUAUUCCGGAGUUUUGUUGAAA